AAUUAGCCAAGAGGACUGCGUUAUGGCUAAGUGAAAAACACCAAGAGCACUGAAAACGUGUCUUUUUAAAAAAAAAACAAAAAUAACAAAAAACCAAACAGACCAAAAAAGAAAAAAAAAAAUACAGACAGGAACCCAUCCAGGUCGUUACCAAGACGUGACAAACACUGAGCUGAGAUGAGCGAUGUGAGCGAAGAGUCGCUGCUGGACUACUUCUACUCCACCGGAGGCAACUCAGGCAGAGUCAAAAAUGCAGACAUACUGAAGACCUUUAAGCCCUUUAUUGGCCACAGCGACGUGCAGUUGCGUGCUAAAUACAGAGAGGAAUUCAAGCUCAUCAUUGACCGAAUUGCUGUGGUGAAGUCAGAGAAUGGUGAGAAGUACCUCGUCCUAAAGAAGAAAUACCGGCAGUUGCUGCAGGAGCGCGACACCAAACCUCAAGAUGCAGACGGGGACGGACAGAAACAUUUGAGCCUGGCCAGAACAACGGCCUCUGUAGGGUGGGACGCGACGGACGCCGCGACUUCUUCCCCCAACCAGAAGGAAAAACAGGAUGAGCUGAUGUCAUGUGGAGAACCCGAGGGCACUGCAGGGUCCGAGUCAGAGCAGGACGAGGAGUGUACGGGCAGCAUGGGCUCCGCUGCAGUCGCUCUGGAUCCGAUAGAAAAGGAGUGGAUCUACUCUGCUGCUGGCGCUCGGGUCCCUGACCUCUCUCAGCUGCUCAUACAGGACCCCUCGCUGGCAAACAAGAAGGACUUCACCUCAUUUACAGCCCUGCACUGGGCCGCCAAACAUGGCAACGAGGACAUGGCCACUCUAGUGGUUAAAGCUGGUGCCGAUGUCAACACCAAAUCACAUGGGGGGUAUACACCUUUACACAUUGCAGCCUUACAUGGUCAUCGGCAUAUUCUUGACCUGCUCAUAGGGACAUAUGGCGCCAAAGAAAACUUAAGGGACUACAGUGGCCAUCUUGCCUGCCAUUAUCUAAACAUCAAAGAACCAGAGGGUCCAGAGGAAGACUGCGAGCUGCCGUUUCAAGUCACUCAGGCCAGGGAGCGGAACAGGAACAGGAAGCUGGCAUCGUUGUUCCACUCCAAGAAGAAGUGGGGCUCGGCAGAGGAGCUGGCUCCGAUAGAGGAGGAGAGGACGGCGUCGCAUCAGCUCGUCCUUCCUCCGUUCAGACCCAGAAAAUUCUCCCGCUGAGGAAAAGCAAGACACCGGGGACGAUGACUGACUCUUACACACUCAUCCUUACAUCCACAUUGACACACAUAAUGUAAACCCCCAAGCAUAAACCCUGGAAGUAUUAAUGCUCUAUGUGUAUAUUUAGUACGUAUACACACACACUGCCAUUGACACUCACGCCAUUCAUACCGAUGCUUAUAGACACAGUCACACACGCUUGCUGAUGCACCUACAAGCUCAAUCCAAGCGCUGAACACGGAUGCUUUAACUUUGAAGAGGAAGUGCGGCAGGUGACGCUAUGCUUACACGUGUAUUACCAGUAUUUAUGCCUACCAUAGAAGUAUUCCUUGAAGCCUUUCAGUUUUAAUCCAAAUGUCGCUAAAUGUUACCUAUGCCUUACAAUUCAAAAAUGAGCUCGGGCCACCGGGAUUCCUUAAGCCUGCCUUUGACUUUGUUUGCGUCACAGUGAGCAGCUCUGACAAGAGGACAAGGGCCUGGAAUGUAAAAGCUGUCCAGAUCAUCUGGGUUCAUGUUUACCCUCAGUGAGUGAGUUAAAGGGUAGAGCUGGUGAUAUUCUGUAUUUUUUUUUUUUUGUUACUGGCCUCAGAUACCAUGAGAAGACAAAAGGGGCAACGCUAUGUUUGUCCGUCUCCAAAACGAGUUACAGGUAUGGGGUUUCAUUUUUUUUUUAAAAAGCGAAAUAAUUUCCUGAGACAGCCGGGCGCCGGAGUUUUUAGCAAGCGUCACUGAAGCAGGAGUACACAGUGUGUUUGCUGGGGCCUAUUUUUAGCCACAGAUUUGAUGGAUGUAUGUUUGUGGGAUCGACUCAAAAUAAACUACGCCGCCCAUGUGCAUCAUAAUGAAGGAACACGUCUCCCAGUGCAACAGUGUGGCUCGGUGAUGUGUUUUUAAGUUUUAGACAACAAAGGAGCCCGACGGCACAGAGUAAUAAGAUAUGUCGGGCUCUGGAUACACAGACAAUAGUUGGUCACUAUUGUUAUUCCACUGUUGGUUUUAUUUAUUUUUUUGUGUAGAUAUAGAAUAUCACCAGACGUAUCCUUUAAACGAUCACACCGGUUGGUUUCGUGUGUUAUGGCCUGUUAAAAAUCAUGUGCACUCAUGCCACAACCAUUUUCCAAACCACACCACUAGUACUUAGAUUGAUCUCCCAGCGAACUACACAGCCACUGAUUCAGAUUCAUGUCGCUAUGGUUUUUAAAUCCAUCUGCAGAGGAGACACUUAGGUGACCCAUUUCGGUGAAAAUGCUGUGUAGUUGAUUAAUGAUUAUGCGAAUCAAAAAUGACACUGUCAUCUACUGCCGACGCAGUUUUAAGUUGGGCCUGUUUGAAAAGUCUACCUUGGUGAUGCAUUCAACUGCUAGCAGGAAACUCGAGAUUCAGCUGCUUUACAGGAAACAUUAUUACUUCACAGAAAGCAUUCCUGUUUUUUUUUAGUUUUUUUUUUUAACCAAAUGUGUU